UGCCCUCCCUGCGACAAAUCACUUCUGAAAAGAGUCGCCUGCAGGUACGCUUGUAUCAGCCGCGGAUGCCAGAACCAAUAGAUCGCCACAGCCCAAGCGGUGAUUCAAAGUGCAAGAUGCAUGCGAAAUGCAGACCAAAAAAAAAAAAAAAAAAAAGAGCAAAGAGAGACCAACAGGAAGAAAGCCCUUUCAUCAUACCGCUUUUGUUUAAUAUAUGCAAGCCGCAAAACAACUCAUCAAACCACCCCCUUCCUUAGUGGCUACGUAGUCUCUGCCCUCACUCCGUUUCCUGGGGUGGUAAAAGUUCAGCUCUUUUUGGCUGCAUAUUUUACUACUCGUGUGUAUUCUAUCAUGAUGUCUAGCCUCUCAGCAUACUGCAAGGACUCUCGUUCUCCCCUCAUUCUCUCAUGGGCUCGCAUCUCCCCCUCCCCCCUCACCUCCUUUUACGUCCCCUCCAUCUCGUCUUUAUCCUCAAACACGGCAAAUAUCAAACCGUAGAUGGGAAAAGAAAAAAUUAUUCCCCGGCCGCUUAUUGCAUUCCGAGGCUCCAUGGAUCUCCGGAUAAACUUCUCAUUCUCCUAGCGUAGAUCAUCUGCACAGUCCCGUGCUCGCGGCUCAUGAUUCGAAUUGAUG